AUGGUGCCGACAACACGUUGUGGUUUUCUCAUCCUGAUUGUAGCACUAGUUGAAGUUAAUGGCGAAUGUCCAGAUGGUUUCAUCAAACAUAACACGUCUUGCUACGACAUUCCUCACGUGAAAGCAGACUGGUCUCAGGCAACGGUAGUUUGUAAUGAACUCAAUGGUCACCUACUGGAGCUCGAUGACGCGGCAGAAGAAAGCUUCGUACAUGGUUUCCUUUCUUUGCACUGGAAAGCCUACAACCCGCCCGAAUUCUGGAUCGCCGGAAAUGACAUUUUAGUUGAAGGUACCUGGGAGUGGGCAUCGGGGAAACCAGUAACCUAUUCGAAUUGGGAUGACGGCGAGCCUAACAACGGAGGAAACGACGAUAAUAACGAACAUUGCAUGGAAAUGUCACAGAGAGAUCAAUGGAAGUGGCACGAUCAGGAAUGUGAAGAAGAUCGUUAUUUCGUAUGUGAGGUUCCGGUUACAGACGCCAUUGGUGGCUUCGCACCAAUAGGCUAA